AUGAUCUUCAGUUGCGGCAUUAGCGGCAGUUCUCCUGGAAGAAAGCUAGUCGUCUCUGAAAAUCUACCGGAGACACUUCGCAGUAUUUCUGCACAAACCUACCAAUCCUCUCCAGCAUCGUCUACUGGCUCAUCACCGAGUCGCUCGAGCUCUCCGGCAGUACGCACUGAGGAUAUUGCUGCUGGCAAGUGGACCCGAAUAUCGAGUCGUGUUUCUGUGCGUCCCCUUACUCCUUCCGAAGCCGAAUCCGUGUUUGAACGACAACGAAAACGCAGGCGUGAUACCUCUACAUCAAAAGAGAGAUCGAGAAUGGAGGACCACGAUGAGACAAGAAGCAGCAUUGACGCUGGAGGAACAAUUCAGAUUCCUUCGAGCGACAGCGUCAAAGAGUUAAUUCCGGAAAGUCCGGGCUCACGUUCAAAUUAUGGCGAAUUCUAUUGUCUAUUCGAAUGCAUUCAAAUGCAUUGCCUCAUGCAUGGUGAUUUACCACUUGUGCUUUGCCGGACGUCUGCAGCGGAGCUGAUCGAUGCUGCAGACGCGCGAGUGAGCGCUCGAACGCCGCGAGGAACUUACAAGUAUGCACCUUAUUUGAGGGAUGAGUUCUCCAGGGACACCUCCGGCGAGAACAACUACCAUCACACAUCCUCGUUUGAAGAUGACCUUCUCGAAUUCGAUCGUGGGGCAGCCGUUGCUCGGCUUGAUCGCACACAAGAUGAUCUGAACAAGUUCCGCCAGCGCAUCGACAACAAUGUCGAGCAACAAAAAGAGUACAGCGAAAUGAUGGCAGCACUGCAGAACAAGGUACAUGAAUAUCGUAAACACAUUGCGGAACUCGAAGGAAAGAUGGUUAGCGCAAGAAGAAGGCAAGCCGAGGACGGCGGAUUUACCAUUCUCGACUCGAACGUUUUCCAAGAUACCAGUAACAGCUUCCGUGAUCUGGAAAUGUGGAGUCCAGCUCGUACACGCGGCACAACUACCAAUGUUGUCCUUGCUGGUGAUCCAAAUGCUAACUACGAAAUGAUCGCCCGACUUGACGAGGAGCGUAGAAGGGCUGAUGAAUAUCGCAUGCAAUGGGAAAACGAGAGGGCCGCUAAAGAGAGACUGGAAGAUGAAAAUGAAAGGCUCCGUCGUGAGUUUGACCGCUACGAUCGUGAGUACCGCGACAAGGAGAGAACGUUCGUAAACAGAGAAAGGAAUCUCGCUCAAUAUCUAAGUGAUGAGCAAAAGAAAAUGAUGGACAUGUGGACGGAACUCCAGCGGGUUCGUAAACAAUUCGCUGAACUGAAGGACCAGACCGAGCGCGACUUGGAUUCACAACGUAGCGAAUUCAAUCGCGUACUCAGGAGUGUGUCCAACAUCACUCGUAACAUUAACAUCACUGGAGGGGAUGUGAGUGGAAUUUGCGGGAAAAAACCUUACGAUAGAACAAAGGACAAACAAAUCCUCGAAUUUCAGGCAGGCUCCGCAGGAGUGAGUGGUCCUUCGCUGGCGGCACUGCUCACAGAUCUGAUCAGUGGAGGAAGUCAUACGGCCACGUAUGAUAGCACCAUUAUCGAAGCUGUUAAAAGGUACCGAGAUCGUACUGGUGCUGCUGAUGCUGCCGCAGAUCGUUCUCUACUCGAAGAGUUGAAACAGAUUCGUGGUACUGGCGGAAGUGAGGGCGAUGCGGAGCUGCAGAAAGAACUUAUGCUCAAGUACGAGGAAUCCAUCGAGCGCAACAUCGAGCUCGAAUCGAAGGGUGAUGAAAGCCAAAGGAAGAUCGCCGAUUUGGAAGCCGAGCUGCGUCGUGUCAAGGAGAAACUCAACGAUGCCACGAACGCGUUGAUGAAAAUCCACGAGAUCAGUCAGGACUCCGACAAGCUGAUUGAAGGAAAAAGGACUCGUUCAUUGUCUCCGGGCAAAUCCCCGUUGCCACCAUCUGAGGCGCUACGUUCCGUGAGAAACGCGCUACGCAACAAGGACAAUGACAUCCAACAGCUGGAGAGGAAGCUCAAGAUCUCCGAGAGCCAAGUGAAAGAGUUCAUGACUAAAUUCGAGACGGCUGACGACACUCGCCGACGUCUCGACAAACAGCUUUCGGAUGCUAAAAGGGAGAUUGACAACCAGCAGAAGAACAUCGAUGAGCUGGAGCGCAAUCUGCGUCGCGUCGAGGAUAAGCUCCGCGCCUCCGAGUCGGAACGUCAAGCUGCCGACAAGGCAAGGAAGUUCCUUGAGGAAGAGCUCGCUAAAGUUCAAGCUUCCUAUCAAAAAUCAACAACGGACGAUGUGCGAAAGAUUCGCGAUGAGCUGGAUGAGCAAACCAACAGUAUUGUUGAGGAGCAUAAGAAUAGAAUUACCGAGCUAACAAGGCGCGUUGAGAACUUGCUUCGCGAAAAUACUAAACUCAAAACGGAUAUGGCUCCACUCAAGGAUAAAUUGCGCGAUAUGGAGAUUGAAUACAAUAACACUUUGCGCAGACUUGAGGAGAAGGAUUCUCAAAUUAAAUACAUCGAAGAAAUUCGCAGAAACAUCCAGAGAGACCUGGAUGACCAACGUAAUCGCAAUGAUUUAUUGGCCGGCGAACACGACAAGCUGACCAGUGAUCUGGAUAAUGCGCUGAAGAGUACACAUCUUGCAGAGCAGCAGCUGAAAGAACUAAAAGGACAACGCGACGACUAUCAGAAGCAGAAAGACGAUCUGUCGCGUCAGUUGUUCGAUAUUCGUCAUAAGUUCGAAACGGAGCAGAAAACGGUGCAUGAUCUGACCAAGAGUGAAUCACGUUUCAAUGAUGAAAUUGACAAAUUGAAGCAGACCAUCGACGACUAUGAGCGACAGGUUAUGCUUCUGCGCAGAACCAAUGAUGAGUUCGAUACAACGAUCAAGAACCUUCAAGGAAAGAUAACCCAGCUUGAGAAUGAGGUUCGAUCGAAGACUAGCGAAGUUGAGAAGCUCAACGAUCUCAACCAGAAGCUGCAGAAGGAGAAGCAAGAAAUUAUGAACCAGAAGCACAAAGCUGACGCUGACAUCCAAUCCCUUAAGGAGACAAUUCGAAAAUUAGAACAGGAACUAGAGAAACUUCGCAAUGAAAAUAAAACCCUUGAAGCGAAAGAGGAACGUGCUCGAGAUCUGCAUAAUCAACAGCUUAACCGAGCAAAUCUGCUAUCAAAGGAACUCGACGAUUCUAAGCAUGAAAUCACGGAGCUCAAUGGUGAAUUGAUGGCAGACACCACAAAAAGUAGAACCACCACAACAACUAUCACGAGAACGAUUCGUCAAGGACCUGGAGGCGAGACAAUCGAAGGUGAUGAGGUUACCAUACCUGGUUCAACAGAUACUGACCGUACAGUUGACCGAUACCACGAUGAUCUCCUUUCUGAUUUGCGAGUCAAGGAAAUUAAUGAUAAGUGGAAGCUGCAGCUCGAGAAGCUUGAAAACGAAAAGGUACGAGGGGCGUUUAACAUACUGCAAUAACA